AUGCCCCGUCCAAUCCUAAAGCCGUUGGCAACAGCGCGCGCUGUCGGAUCUAGCACUAGCUCCCUAGCAUUUCCAACUCAGACAGAGUCUCCACAUGUUCAUUUCCCCCCUACACCAGCAAUCUCCUCUACCUAUGCAGCCCACUCGCCGAAUACGUACGACCGUGCACCGAUUGUCGUAUCCCCCAACUCAUGCGAGCUACCAGAGCGCGGCGAGCGGGUUUACACCUCGACUUCUCCUAAUACUGUCUCGCCCAAGGGGAGCUACUUCCACCCUCAUGCGUACGAGGCGUGUCAGCCGGAACCAGAGCUUCCACCAUCAAUGCUCGCUGUCCCGGACCUCUCCAUGUCAGCAUCAUCAGAGUCGGAGGACUCCGAUGGAUAUGGUUCCCCGCAGAUAGUUCCACCACCCAUACCUCCUAAUACAACAUACCCGCCCAUCCCACGGACUUGCUCACCAGAGGAGUUUAACCAUGUAUUAUCGUUUCUUCCUCAUAGGAAGGACUCGAUGUGUAGUCUGGAUUCGGAGACGCGACGGGCUCGGAGAGCGAAGACAUCCGAGGCGAACCGGUCGGCGCGGAGCGCAACAUCUAGUGCUUUCAGCGAGCCAGGGCUUGAUGGAUGUCUCGGUGGCUUCUAG